GCACUUACGGGAGGUCGAGGUGGGCGAAUCACGUGAGGUCAGGAGUUCCAUACCAACCUGGCCAAAAUGGCGAAACCCCAUUUCCACUAAAAAUACAAAAAUUAGCCGGGCAUAGUGGUGCAUGCCUGUAGUCUGAGCUACGUGGGAGGCUGAGGCAGGAGAAUCGCUUGAACCCAGGAGGCAGAGGCUGCAGUGAGCUGAGAUCUCGUCACAGCACUCCAGUCUGGGCGACAGAUUCAGACUCCGUUUCAGAAAAACAAAACAAAACAAAACAAAACAAACAAAAGCAACUAGAGAAAUAGAGCAAUACUUACCAACUGGUUGAAAUAUCUGAUGCCCCUUUCCUGUGACCCCAAAGAUCACUUAAAAUCCGGCCACUAGGCCGGGUGCGGAGGCUCAGGCCUGUAAUCCCAGCACUUGGAGAGGCUGAGGUGGGUGGAUUAAUUGAGGUCGGGAGUUCCAGGCCAGCCUGACCAACAUGAAGAAACCCGUCUCAACUAAAAAUACAAAAAAAUAUUUGGGCGUGGUGGUGGGCGCCUGUAAUCCCAACUACUUGGGAGGCUGAGGCAGGCCAAUCUCUUGAACCCAGCAUUUCGCCAUUGCACUCCAGCAUGAGCAAUAAGAGCAAAACUAAAAAAAAAAAAAAAAAAAAAAAAAAAAUCAAGCCACUAAACAGCGAAGGCCUGGCUCAUUCAGAUCGACUGCUAUCCCUGCCUGCUCAGAUAUUUAAUAUUUUGAAUAAGAACCUUUGGGUGGACACAGGUAUUCAGUGUAAGAGCAGCUAAGUGAUUGCCUGCCUCUAGUGGCCAGAGAGCAGUCCUAAAAGAAAAAAAAAAAAGAACCUUUGGGUGAAAGAGUCUUCAGGGUAGCAUUUAUUUUCCCACCAACACUGAUCCUAAGUUGGGAAAAGUAAUUUCCCCCAAAGGAAAUCAGGAUACUUCGAGCAACAAGGAAGGGAUGCUAAGUGGUCAAACAAGAAUACACGUAUUCAGUACAGUGUUCAUUAAAUGUUUGAUAAUGAAUGGAAGGAUAGGCAGAUCCAGGUAUCUCAUAGGAAGAAAGAAAUCAAGCCGACUGCAGGUUAUAUCACUCCAUCACACAUUCAGGGAACUUAAUCUCUUCACUCCAGAGAUGAGGUUGUUUAAAAUAAAUUCUUCCUUUUUUUUUUUUUGAGACUGAGUCUCACUCUAUUGCCCAGGCUGGAGUGCAAUGGCAUGAUCUUGUCUCACUGCAACCUCUGCCUCCCAGGUUCAACUUAUUCUCCUGCCUCAGCCUCCUGAGUAGUUGGGAUUACAGGCUUGCACCAGCACACCCAGCUUUCUUCGUCCUGUUAAUUAAUUUUGAGCAAUUCCCCAAUACUGUCCUUACUUGCAUCAAGAGCAUGCUAGCUAGCCCUGGCACCAGGGUCAGAGUUGAGGCUGGGGCAUCAGCCUCCUUUGUGAGGUGGCCUUAGUGACAGAAGGGCUAUGAGGUGGCAGCUACCCUACUGUAGCUGGCUGCAUCAGAUGUGCCAGGCUUUCCCUCUAGCUCCCAAUACCAUCUUCCUGACCUAAACUUUGCCAUGUUGUUGUCACUGCUGGGUGCCUGUGCUGUGGUGGGGCCAUUCCAUGGCCCUGAGUGGCAGCCAGUGCAGGGCCUGCUCUCCCAGGAUCACAGCUGCAGGGACCAUCAGUGCUGUGGCAACCUGCUUGUCGUCUGCCUCUUUCUGGUCUGGCAGGUCCGGCACUAUUGGCACCAGGUCACCAGGACCCACUUCAGCACAAGGAAUGUCAUCAAGGUGCCACUGCAGAAGCGGGCAGUGCCCUCCAUGAAGUGCAAAACUGUCUUUGAGCUGACUCCUGAAUUAUUCUUCAGUCCUGGAAAGUUCAGGGACCUAGAUUCUCAUCAGUGGGCACAAAGGCAGAGAUGGGGAUACCGGAGGAGCAUCCAGGAAUCAUGGACCCAGAACCUCUCUCCACAGCACCCAAGUCCAGGCCCUCCUUCAGGUGUUCACACCCACUCUGAGCCCAUUUUUUGUACCACAUCCAUCUCAAGCACCUGUCUAAUGCCUCAGGAUAGUUGCUGGAAAGCAUGGCAGAUACCUUGGUGUCUCAGAGAUGGUCAGACUCACCCUGCCUUGGACGUGUGCCACGAGAUAGAGCAGCUGCUGCUUCACUCGGAGGAAAGGUUGGUGUCACUGGAGCCUGUCAUCAGCAUGAGGUCUCGCCCCACUUCCAAGACCUUAACCACCUCUCUUCCAAACUUACUGUCAGCCCAGAGGCUGCAGUUUUGCUCCAGAGAGCUGUUGCCUGAUCAUUCUUACCAAACACUGAGAAUGUACACUUGGAAGUCCUGGGACUGCCCACCAGAGGCCUGGGAACCAGGGGGUAAAAAACAGAGAGCAAGCAGAGAGGAUAGUAGAGAGACCCAGGCUCCAAGGGGGAUGAACCAGAGAGGGAGCAGAUGUGAAGAUGCUUUGGAAAUACAGGCCUCUGGGGAGCAGUUCCCAGUAGACUUUGGAAUGGAGGGUGAUGCAGAGACUAAUGUGUUGGAGUGUGCAAACCAGAGACUAGUAAUAAGUGAAGCUGAUGGAGAGAUCUUGACACCAGGGUGGGAGAACCAGGACCAGAUGGGAGUUGAGAGUAGAACCGAAAUUCAGGAACUAGGGACUAGAAACCAGAGGGAGGCUGGAGGUAAGAAUCCCCCUGAAACCCAGGCACAUAUGGGAGAGAACCAAGAAGAGUUAAGAUGUAAAAUUGAUGCAGAGACCCAAACACCUGAGUGGGAGAACCAGGAUAAGAAUGGAAGUGAGGAUGCUGUGGGGACCCAGACGUUUGAGAGGAAGGACAAGAAAGAGGCUGGAGGGGAAGAUGGGGAACAGAUCCAGGCUCAAGAAUUGGGGAAGCAGGGUCCCUAGAGAUGAGAACGGUGAGAAGACCCAGAUGUCAGAGUGGAAGAAACAAGAGCAGAUGAAAGGUGAUGCUGAUGUGGAAAUUCAGACAGAAGAGGGAAGAAACAAGGACCAGGUUGGAGGUCAGGAUGAUGCACAAACCCCGUCAUCUGGCAGACAGAACCUGGGAGAAGUAAAAAAAGAGACCCAGGCCUUGAAAUGUAUUGGGAAUAUUACAGAGAUCCAGACACCAGCGUGGGAGAAGCAGGAUCAAUGUGGAAGUGAGAAAGCUAGGAAGACCCAGGCAUCUGGGGGAGAGAGCCAGAAACAAUUAAGUCAUGAAAUUCAAGUGGGGUGGGGAAAUAAGGGCCUGAGAAGAGGUGAAAAUACUAAAGAAACCCAGAUAUCUAGCAGGAAGCAGCUCAGGGAGAUAAGAGAGGACUGGGUGGUGAUCCAGGCACCAUGGUGGGGAAACUGGAGACAAGUAACAAGUGAAAUUGACAGAGAACUUGAUAUACUAUGUUGGGAGAAUCAGCACUGGAUUGGAGGUGAACAUAGAGCAGAAAUUCAGGCAUCAGAGAAGAGAGACAAGAGAAAGGAAGGAGAUGAGGAUGGUACAAAUAUCCUGGCACCUGAGGCUGAGAUCCACGAACAAUUAAACGGUGAAACUGAUGUGGAGACUCAUUCAGCAGAGAGGAAGAAGAAUAAGCCACUUAGAAAAGAGAAUAGUACAGACAUUGAGUCACUAGGGAGGAGAGAGGUUAAAGGUGAAGAUGAAAAAGAGACCCAGGAACUUGGGGAAAAAAAAUCAGUGUCAGUCAGGAAGUGAAUUUAGUGGAAAGAUUCACAGACCAAAGGGAAAGAAUCAGGAACAUAUUAGAGGCAAGGACUAUGGACAUGCCCAGACAUCUGAGUCAGUGAACUGGGGCAAAUUAACAAGUCAAGUUAAUGGAGAAACUCAUUCAGAAGAAUGGAAGAAAGAUGAGCAGACUGUAGGUAAGAAUGGGGCAGAAAUUCAGAUACAAGGGAAGAGAAACCUGACAGAAGUUGGAGGGAAGGAUGGUGUAAAGACCUGGGCACCUGGGAAAGAAACCCAGAGUCUGUUUAGAAGUGAUCUUGGUAGAAAGAUCCUUUUAUCAGAGUGGAAGAGCCAGAAGCAGAUGGGAAGUGAGAAUGGAACAGAAAUUCAGGCUCCAGUGGAGAGAAACCAGAGAGAACCUGGAGGUGAGGACAGUGUAAAGAUUCAGAGAUCCGAGAGAGAACCAGGGCCAGUUUGAUAGUGAAAUUGGACACAGCCAAUCACCAGGGAGGAGGAACUGGGAGCUGACUGGAAAGGAUGUUACAGAAAAUCAGGCGUCACAGAAGAGAAACCAGAGAAAGGCUGGAAAUGAGGAUGGUAGAACGAUCUGGAGACUUAGGGGAAAAAACUGGAGGCUUAUAGCAAAGAACCAGAGACUGUUAAAAAGUAAAGGUAAUGGUGGGAUCAGAGUGGAAGAAUCAGGAACAGGGUGGAGGUGGGAAUGAUGAAGAAAUUCAAAUACAAGGGAGAAACCUGAGUGGGACCACAAGUGAUGAUGGCUCAGAGAGCCAGGCUCCUGCCGGAGAUGACCAGGGACAAUUAAGAGGUGAAAUUUAUGAAGAGAUCCAGGUACAAAGGCAAGAAAAUAAGAAUGAGUGUGGAGCUGAGGAUGUUGCAGAAUUCCAGGAUAUAGGAAGCCAGAAAAAGUGCACAGAUCGGGAUGUUGGAGGGCCCCGAGCACCAAGGGAAGGAAACAAGGACCUGGUCAGAGGAGAAGUUGCUGUGAGGGACAGUCUCCAAGUUGACUGUUCUGGGGGUGAGAGACCCAUAGGCAGGAAACACAAUCUACCAAGGCCCCCGGCCUUCACUGGCUCUGGACAUGGGACCAUGGAACAGGAACAGGCAGUGGUUAUGAAUAGUUUGAUCUCUGCUCCCUGUCCUGAGAUGGAUCCUCUCCCACACUGGGGUGAAGUCUUCUUGCUGGUGGGUGGGGAGGGAGAGCAUGUGGCCAGCCAGGGCACAACCCCUGCCAGUGAUCACAGAGUGGGGAUCAGUCCAGCCUCCCAGCAGGCCCAAUCUGAAUCCUGCAGAAGACGACAAAGGGACAAAGGGGUAGAUCAAGAGAAGGUCCCCAGCCUGACUCGGCAGCCCCGGAACCCUCCAUCUCUGACUACUCCCUUGGGCAUGCCCUCUGCCUGUCCCUGUGUGCUGUGUGGCCCAGACCUGGAAGCUGCCAUAACUCUGGUGGGUGCUCCCACUGCCCUCACUGUCCUGCCCAAGGGGACAGUCCUCAAGAAGAGCAAACAACUGCUCCUGGAGUCCCUGAUGCGGAGAAGGAUUGCACACCUGAAGUGGGGUCUUCCCCGGUGGAUCCUGGAGUCCUAUUUCCCGUUUAACUUCUUAGGAUCUUGCUCAUUGCCCCUUGCUGGGGCAAGGCUCCCUGGACUGAACACGGGCCAGGAGCCCCAAGCACAGCAGGAAAGGUAUUGUGAGGCCCAGGGCUCCCCACCAUCCCUUAAGUCCUCAGAGAGGUUCCAGAGGGUUCAGCGCCCAGACAGAAAAAGCUCGAAACUUCCUACACAAGCCAGAGCUCUGGAGAGGAACAGACCAUACAGGUCAGAGCUGAUGGGCAUUUCCAUCCAGCCUGAAAAGGCCAGGAGAGUCAGGCCACCAGAGGGCACCAGAGAACCACAGGAGAUCCAGAAAGCGCCUGACAGGACCCUCUGGCUCCCAGGACCCCCAGGCUGGCAGCGAGAUCCAGGAGCUGGUGUGGCCAACAAAGGGUCGGAGAGUCUCCCAGUGAGAACAGCAGGGGUUGGAAAAUGAUCAGGCCAGGGGUCUCCAAGCUGGCAGAGAGGGCUCCCAGCAGAGUGAGGACCUUAUCCUCCAGGCCAGACUACGCCCACUGAGGAAGGAGUGUACAUCCUGGGAGGCCUCUAAGCCCCCCAGACUCAAAUGCCAGCAACCCCCAUACUGGAGAAGAGGAAGCCUGGAACCUACAGGGUGCAGAGGGGCUGGGCAGCAGCCUUCCUGCCAUUCUGCAGAACCUGUCAGCUUCAAAGGGAGGCUCCACUCUGAGGGGACAAAGCUGAGCCUGACCCUUCUGAACAAGAUGUCCUGGUCUCCACAGCUUGCCAAGUGCAAGCACUCAGCCCCUAACCUGAUCCUGAGGGAACCUGAUUAUACUCUGCUUCCCAAAGUGGGUAAUCCAUGUGCAGAGGAGGACAGGAUUGGAGACCAAACUGCUUCACAGAGGGAUCUUCAGCCACGAAGUCACUGCUGUACUGGAGCCACCCUUCCUAAGACAGAGAGAUCACAACCCAAAUGGGGCUCCACAGAAUACACCAGGCUCCAAAAAGUUUGAUUUUAUGAAGCAUCUGAGAUUUUUUCUCUUUCAGCAUGGCUUUAAAAAGUAGACUCAGGCCCAGAGUCCUCAGGACAUGUUAGAAAAGGUUUGAGACUGUCCUGAUCUCCACAAAGCCUCUAAUAAAUUGGUCAUUUGGGCC